AUGGCAACGUCUGGUACGAUUUCAGGAGCUACUACUGUCUCUUCCUUCUUCACCAAAACUGCUUCAACUUCAAACCCAUCUCCCAAACUCCAUUCCUCUGCUUCUCUAUAUUCCCAGAAAACUGGGUUUCAGGGAGUUUCGUUGGAAGAUUCAAAGAAGAGUGUAUCAGAGAUCUUCGCUGUCUCGGAGAGAAAGAUCGGAAUCGGAGGAGGGUUAAAUGGGUCGAGAAGAUUCGAAAUCAAAGCAAGAACAGCAGCUUCCAAGACAAUAGAGGUUGAAGUAGACAAGCCUUUGGGUCUGACUCUAGGACAGAAGCAAGGCGGUGGAGUUGUCAUCACUGGUGUUGAUGGAGGUGGGAACGCAGCAAAAGCAGGGCUUAAAGCUGGGGAUCAAGUUGUGUACACAAGCAGCUUCUUUGGUGAUGAACUUUGGCCUGCAGAUAAGCUUGGGUUUACUAAAACCGCAAUUCAGGCAAAACCUGAUUCUGUCUACUUUGUUGUCAGCAGAGGUGCAGAAGUUGAUGUCAAGAAACUAAAUAAGCGUCCUGCUCCUCCGCGGUUUGGGAGGAAGUUAACCGAGACUCAAAAGGCAAGAGCUACUCACAUUUGUCUUGAUUGUGGAUUCAUAUACACUUUACCUAAACCUUUUGAUGAACAACCUGAUACAUAUGUAUGUCCUCAAUGUAUAGCACCAAAGAAGAGGUUUGCGAGGUAUGAUGUGAACACAGGGAAAGCCAUAGGAGGAGGAUUGCCUCCGAUCGGUGUCAUUGUUGGCUUAUUGGCCGGUCUUGGAGCUGUUGGAGCUUUGCUCGUCUAUGGUCUUCAAUGA